AUGCAUGCUGAUUCGUUUUAACGUCUUCAGGCUGCUCCCGCUGGUAGUUCAUCGGUAACGUUCAAUGCUCGAGGAUCGCUGACAAAAACGGUUCAUCUUGGUCCACGCACUUCGACAAAUGAACAGACUGCGCAGGCUCCGAAAUUCCCAGCUGCGGAAGCUCAGAGUGUCCGUUCUGCAAGCAUUCAAUCGGAAAGGGAGAAAUAUAUUGAGAUCAGACGUCGAAGAAAACAAGAAAAAGAAAACCGAUUGAGAUUGCUUGAUUUGCAACGCAGAAAAUCGGAUCUUAUGUCCAAAGAAAUCGAACAACAGAAAAUGAUACUGGAAAAAAUGAAGGAACCAAACAUCACUCCAGAAAAAAAGAAACACCUGUACAAGCUUUUCAAAAAGAUUGAAGCAUUUGUGACGAAAACGAAAGCCGAAAUAUCUGAGCUGAACGAGAAGCUGCUGAAAAUGAAUGCCGACAGCGAAGAGAAAGCAGCUGCUGACGCAGCAGUAGCAGAGGCUGGUGUUGGAAUAAAGCGUGUCGCUCGCAGUGAAGGGAAUGAAAUCACAUUAACAACGAAAAAACCACGGCUGCUGGAUUCAUCGAAACCGGGUGCAGAAAAUGACGUGAUUAUUCAUAUGGAACAUUUUGGAGAGUUGAUUGACAUGGAAUUUGGAGCGCCUGGUCAGGAUAAAAAAGUCACCGCCUACUUCACCUAUAAAAAACGACGCGAUGCUGAGCAGGCGGCAGCGCUGGGGGCAGAUUAUCCUGGCGGCGAACUGGAAGUUGAACUGGCACCAAAACGUGGCGCAGAAGGAAGUGGAGUUAUACCCGAUGAAAAACGAAAACCGUCGGAACGUGUGACUCCUGCCGCUCUUUUGGCCACUUGUCCGCUUGAGGAGUCAGACGAUGAGGAGAACGAAGAUUAA